AUGACCAACGAACCAAACCAAGUGGAAUCCGCUCAACAAAGCCAGCCUUCUAUCCCAUCGCUUUCGGACAUUCUGCCCUCUUUUAGACUCGACGGCCAUGUCACUGUCGUCACAGGCGGGUCCGGAGGCCUUGCACACACUCUGGUUCAAGCGCUUUUGGCACAGGGCUCAGAAGUGGCUUUAUUGGAUUUGAGCGUCGAAAGACUCGAGUACACGGCACGUGAGCUGCAAGAGUUCAUCAAGGCUAACAAACUGCCAAAACUCAACAUUUCUACAUGGCCUUGCGAUAUCGGUGACGCUGCCAUCGUGGAAGAGGUGGUGCGUGCCAUCCCGCUCAAACACAACGGUCUUCUCCCCGACAAACUUGUUCACACCGCCGGAUACUGCCAAAACACACCAGCUCUAGACUACGAUGCCAGACAGGCUGAAUUGCUGGUGCGCGUCAAUCUACUGGGUUCAAUGUACAUCUGCCAGUCCAUGUCCCGCCAGCUGAUCCACCGGUCGCAACGUCGCCGUUCUGUGUCCUCAGACGCUGACGAAGCCGCAGAAGCGUGUCCCCAGCUCUCGAACGUGUCGUACGUUUUGAUAGGGUCCAUGUCCGGCUGCAUCGUCAACAACCCACAGCCUCAGGUCGCCUACAACAUGGCCAAGGCCGGUGUCAUCCAUAUGGUCAAGUCCCUAGCAUGUGAAUGGGCCCGCUACGGUAUCCGUGUCAACUCCAUCUCUCCAGGUUACAUCGCCACAGCCCUCACGAAGAAAGUCAUCUCAGGCUCGCCUGAGGGUGCUGCUUUGCAGCAGGAAUGGACCUCCCGUGUACCCAUGGGCCGUAUGGCCGAUCCCCGUGAGUUUGUUGGCGCCAUGCUGUACCUCUUGAGUCCCUCUGCAUCCAGCUACACCACUGGUGAAAACCUGGUCAUCGACGGUGGUUACACUUGUUGGUAA